AUGGGAACCUGCUUCACCAUGUGUUGUUCCAGCCGGACCAUCCUUGAAAACCAGCCAGAGUCCAACACCCCAGAACCGGAGGAAACUUUCCUUGUGUCUCUCUACGACUACCCAUCGCUUGAGCACACAGAACUAACCAUGCACAUGGGGGAAAGAUUAACAGUUGUGGCAGAUGAUGGUGAUUUCAUGAUGGUGAGAUCUGCGGUCACAGGCCGCGAGAGCUACAUCUCCAUCAACUACACGGCCAAGGUGACACACAGGUGGCUGUUCACUGGCAUCAGCAGGUACAAAGCAGAGGAGCUGCUCAAGCAUCCAAACAACCAGAGCGGUGCCUUCUUGGUCCGAGAGUCAGAGACUCACAGAGACUGCUACUCCCUGUCCAUCCUGAGGAGGAGCAACUCUUCCAACCUGAACCCUGUGAAGCACUACCGCAUCUCGCACCUGGAGAACUCCUGGGUCUACAUUUCUCCUGGUCUCACCUUCCCCUCCCUCCGUCACCUGGUGGAGCACUACUCAGACUCUGCCGACGGGCUGUGCUGUCGGCUGACGGAGCCUUGUUUCGUCCUGGGUCUGGACAGAGAGGCCCGGCCCGUCCCCAUAACUGUCAGGAUACCUACGAUCAACUGGAAGGACAUCAGAAGGUCUGUGAUCCUCAGGAGGAAGAGGAUGGAGUCCGACAACGCUCUGGUGAGCGAUGGUCUGAGGGAGGCCAUCAGCUCCUACCUCCAGAUGACGGAGUGCAAAGAUGACUUCUGGGACACGUGAUGGGGGGAGCGUGCAUCACUUUGAGAGAUGGAAGUCAAACAGACAGAGUGGAGACAUGGCCUGUCGCAGCUGCAGCAUGAAUAAAGCCACUGAGGGAGGCUGGUGCGCCUGAAUGUCGUCUUUGUGGAGGUCCUGUAGGUGUGAGACCGAGACACUACAUUGAUGCUCAGUCGCAUCAGAAUGAACGCUGGGAGC